AUGGCGAAUUCUGAAACACUUCAACACAAUUCUUCUCAUGGAAUUAACUUCAAUGAUCCUUACUAUCUUAGUAAUGGUGAUCAUCCUGGUAUGCAGUUGGCUACUCAUGUAUUGACAGGUUCAAAUUUCUUGAACUCGAGCAGGACUGUACGAAUGACGUUGAUUGCUAGAAAUAAAUUGCAAAUCGUUGAUGGAACUCUUGCGAUUCCUUCUGAAGAUUCGCCUAAUUGUCAGAAAUGGAUUCGUAAUGACUAUAUGGUGAUGUCUUGGAUUCUGAAUUCAAUUGAUAAAUCGAUUGCAGAAAGUUUUAUGUUUGUUAAUUCUUCUUCUCAACUCUGGAGUGAGAUUUCAGAGAGGUUUGGGCAUAUAAUUGCUCCAAGAUUGUUUGAAUUACAUCGCUCUUUGACUUCUACUCAACAAGAGAAUGCUUCAAUUGCUGAGUAUUUUGGUCGAUUGAAGGCUAUUUGGGAUCAAUUGCAACUUCUGAAAGGUUUUCCAGAUUGCACAUGUGGUGCUAUGAAGAAUUGUAGCUUUGGUAUAUUGAAGAAAGUUCUUGAGAAUGAUCAGCGUAACAAAUUGAUGCAAUUGUUAUCUGGUUUGAACAAGCAAUAUGAUCUUGUUAUUACAAAUUUGUUGAGUGUUGAUACUCUUCCUACUGUUCAUAAGGCGUAUUAUACUUUACAGCAAGUUGAGCAGCAGAAUCGCUGGAGUGAUGCGAAGGCUGUAUAUGAAAUGAGUGCAUUUCAUGUUGCGAAAACUUUUUCUAAACCUUCUUAUACUUUCCAGAAGAAAGAUGUGAAGAAGCCUAAGUCAGAUUUGUUCUGUGAUUACUGUAAGAAACGAGGUCAUCUGCUGGAUGCUUGUUUUGUAUUGAAUGGUUAUCCUGAUUGGUGGAACAGAGAUAAGGUUCCAUUGUCUAGUGCAUCUAAGCUUUCUGCAACUGUGUCAAAUUUUGGGUUUCGAAUGGCAUAUAAUGCAGCUAAUGAUGCUAAUGGUAUUCUUGGCAAAGCUCCGCCAGCUUAUGGUGAAUCAAGUGGUUUUGCAGCUAAUUCUGGACCUGUUGAUCUUGUCCUAGCAUCAGCAGUUUAA